AUGUCGCAAAAGCAAUAUGCCACUUACAAUGAUGUCCACAAGCUCUGCAAGAACUCGGCAGAAAAUACCCUCUUGGCCUUCGAGCCUAACCUUAUAAUCGCCAUCGGCGGUGGUGGUUACAUCCCUGCCCGCAUCCUCCGGUCCUUCCUCAAGAAGCCCGGUAAGCCUAACAUCCCCAUCCAGGCCAUCGGUCUGUCCCUCUACGAGGACUUGGGCAAAGGUGAGGCUGAGGAGGUCCCCGGUACCAAGGUCACCCGUUUGCAAUGGCUCGACAUGAGCUCCUCGGAGAUGACCAACUUGGUUGGCAAGAACGUUCUUAUCGUUGACGAGGUUGAUGAUACCCGCACAACCCUACAAUAUGCCGUGGAAGAGCUCGAAAAGGAUGUCAGGGAAGCCCAGAAGCAGCUCGGUCCCGAGGACGAGAGGAAGAACAAGAAGACUAACUUCUUCAUCUUCGUUCUGCACAACAAGGACAAGGUCAAGAAGGGUAAGCUGCCCACAGAUAUGACGAAGAACGACCAGCGUUACCACGCCGCGGUCACCACUGGGGAUGUCUGGAUCUGCUACCCUUGGGAGGCUGAGGACAUUGAAGAGCACGAUCGCCAGGCCAAGUUGUCUCCUAUCGUCAAUAUUCCGAAGGAGUCUGUCAAAAACCUCUCUGCCGAGGCCGUCCAAGAAGAACCCUCUCCUAAGGUUGUUUAA